AUGGCGCAGAAUAAGCCCAAGACAGUCAUCGCGUUUGACUUAUACGGCACGCUGCUGUCGACCGAGUCCGUCGCCAAGGAGUUGGCGGCGGUGUACGGCGACGAGAACGCCCCGGCCCUCGCGGCGCAGUGGCGCAGGUAUCAGCUGGAAUACACGUGGCGCAUCAACAGUAUGGGCACCUAUCGCCCGUUCUCGGAGCUGACGCGCGCGGCGCUGAGGCACGCCGUCGCCGAGAAGAAGCUGGAGCUUUCCGCGGACGACGAGGGGCGCCUCAUGGAGGCCUACAACGGGCUGGAGGCGUUCCCCGACGUCGGGGCGGCCAUGGCCGUCGUCGAGGGCGACGGGUCCGUCGACGCCUACGUCUUCUCCAACGGCACCGACGACAUGGUGGGCGCGUCGAUGAGGACGUCGCCGGCGCUGUCGCGGAUGAGCAGCACGUUUGGCCCGGCAAAGCUGGUCACGGUCGAGGAGGUGCGGUGUUUCAAGCCCGACCCGCGGACGUACGGCUACUUUGCGGAGAGGGCCGGCAUGUCUGGCAGGGAGAGUGAGAUUUGGCUCGUCAGCUCGAACCCGUUCGACGCCCUGGGCGCGAGGGCGGCCGGGUGGCAGUCAGCAUGGAUCGAUAGGGGCGGCACGGGGUGGGUUGACGCCCUGGGCAGCAUGAUUGACAGGGAGCCGACGAUCGUUGCCACGGGCGUCGACAAGGCCAUCCAAAGAAUCGUGGGGCUGUCCAAGUCACGAAGCUAG